AUGAUGACGUAUCGGCCGCCAGUCCGCCAGUUGGACCCUAAACACAUACCCGCCACCUCCACAUUCAGCAUGUCGGACGCUUCGUCGGUGACGGCGAGUCCAGCCACUCCAGCCACCCACGACGGAAAGCCACUGAGCGCAUACACACUCCGCCGCUUCCCGUGGCGACCGUACGUUACCCCAUUCGAAACCAUCUUCAACCACCCCUACAAGGGCAGCGGGACAACAGAGGACCCAUACAUUGUCGACUGGCUUGUCGAUGAUGCCGAGGACCCGCAGAGUUGGCCCCAGGUGUUCAAGUGGAGCCAGAUUGUCGUUGCGUCCUUUGCCGCCCUCGCCGUCGCCCUAUCUUCGUCGGCUUAUACUGGCGGUAUUCCAAGCCUCAUGGCCGACUUUCACAAACCCUCCACUCUUUUCUGGACCGGCGGCGUGUCCCUCUUCGUUUUGGGAUUCGCAUUCGGCCCUCUCUUCUGGGCACCCGCAUCCGAGGUCUUUGGUCGCCGCCGCGUCUAUAUCGUCUCCUACGUCUUCUUGACCUUGUGGCAGGCCGUGACUUGCGCAGCGCCCAACCCCGGAUCGGUGCUCGUCUUCCGUGGCCUCGCUGGCUUGUUUGGAUCCUCACCCCUCGCCAACGCAGGCGGCACUAUUGCAGACGUCCUCGAACCUACCCAGAUGGGCCUUGGAAUGGCUCUGUUCUCAGUCGCGCCGUUCCUAGGUCCUGCCCUCGGACCUAUUAGCGGUGGAUUCCUCGGCGAGACAGCAGGUUGGCGCUGGGUCAUUGGCAUGCUCGCACUGUUCUGCGCCGCUGUCCUCAUCCUCAUCUUUUUCCUCAGCGCUGAGACCUACGCCCCCCUUCUGCUCCGCCAGCGCGCGGCCAAACUCUCCAAGAUGACCGGCAAGGUAUACCGCUACCGCGCCGACGCAGCCAAGCCGCUCAACGCCUUCAAGUUGUUCAAGGCCUCCCUCAUCCGCCCUUGGAAGUUCCUCAUCUUUGAACCCAUCGUCCUCAUCCUGUCAAUCUACGUCGCUAUCAUCUACGGCAUUCUUUAUCUCAACUUUGCGGCGUACCCCAUCGUCUUCAGCCAGGGCCGCAAGUGGUCGAUUGGUAUUUCCGGCCUCGCUUUCCUCGGUAUCAUGAUUGGCGCCAUCCUCUCCGUCAUUGUCACCAUCGUCUGGACAAACCCUCAGUACAUCAAGACGAUCAAGAAGCGUGGUUACCCUGUUCCCGAGGAUCGUCUCGCUCCAGCAAUGUGGGGCGGUAUCGUCAUCAUCAUUGGUCUUGCUGGAUUCGCGGCCACCGACGGCCCCAACGUUCACUGGAUUGCACCAAUCAUCUUCGGCGUCCCCUUCGGCAUGGGAAUGGUCGUCCUCUUCCUCUCAUGCAUGGGCUACCUCGUCGACGUGUAUGUCAUCUACGCGGCCUCAGUCCUCGCAGCCAACUCGGUCCUUCGUUCCCUCUUCGGCGCAGCCUUCCCCCUCUUCACCAAACCAAUGUACGAAAAGCUCGGUGUUCACUGGGCCGCUGCACUCCCCGGAUUCCUCGCACUGGUUUGCGCCCCCUUCCCCUUCCUGUUUUACAAGUACGGCCACAAGAUCCGCGAGAAGGGCAAGUACGCUUCCGAGGCUGCGCGUAUCUACGCCCAGAUCAUUGCUGCGCGCAAGGCCGCACAAGCACAGGCUCCGGCCGACGAGGAGAAGGGCGUCAGGACCGCCCAGGAAAUCGAGGACGACCUCCUCUCCGAGGCCGGCGCAGACGACCCCGAACUGUACGACCUCCAGCGUACCAUCUCGAUGGAGGAGGAGCUCAGCGAUCCCCGUGUUCGGCCCACCAUGUCCCGCUCGAUGUCUCGCUCGAUGUCGCGUUCGCGGUCACGUUCGUUCUCGCAUUAG